CGGGGCCCCGAGGAGGGCGUGGCGUCAGCCGUAGAAGCGCCGUCGCUGACACGGAAGUGCCUCCGCUUCUGCUUCCCGCGACAGAGAAAGCUCCCGCAAGGCCGGCAAGAUGGCGACGCCCGCCGCGAGGAGCCCCGUGGCCGGGGAGGCCGAGCCGCCCCUCAGCAAGAAGUGAGUCCCGGACCCGCCGCCGCCGCCGCCCUCAUGCUGGGCCUGGCGGCGCGGCUGCUGAAAGGCCCCCCAGUCCGGACCCGGCCGCUCUGGAGCUGCAGCGGCGGGAAGAGGCGGCAGGCCCUUGGUGGGCAGGCGAGCGAGCUGAAGCGGCGCCUGAAGGCAGAGAAGAAAAUGGCCGAGAAGGAGGCGAAGCAGAAGGAGCUGGGCGAGAAGCCGCCGCCGGCAAAGCCGCCCUCGGGAGUUUUCUCCGAGGCCGCGGCGGUCGACGAGGAGAAUCUGGACCCCAACCAAUAUUACAAGAUCCGCAGUCAAGCAAUCCAACACCUGAGGGGCACUUCUGAAGAUCCUUAUCCACAUAAGUUCCAUGUGGAUCUAUCCCUGUCAGAAUUCAUAGACAAGUACAACCACCUUCAGGCAGGGGAUCACCUGAUUGACAUUACAGUGAGAGUGGCAGGCCGGAUUCAUGCAAAACGUGCCUCUGGAGGAAAGUUGAUAUUUUAUGAUCUUCGUGGGGAGGGAGUUAAAUUGCAAGUCAUGGCAAACUCCAGAAACUACAAAUCUGAAGAAGAAUAUAUACACAUUAACAACAAGCUUCGCCGUGGAGACAUUAUUGGGGUCCAAGGGAAUCCUGGCAAGACAAAGAAAGGAGAGUUGAGCAUCAUUCCAUAUGAAAUCACUCUGCUCUCUCCGUGCCUUCACAUGCUACCUCAUCUUCAUUUUGGACUCAAAGACAAGGAAACUAGAUUUCGGCAACGAUACCUGGAUUUAAUUCUUAAUGAUUUUGUGAGACAAAAAUUCAUAGUCCGAGCAAAAAUGAUAACAUACCUUCGAAACUUCCUAGAUGAAAUGGGCUUUUUGGAGAUUGAGACUCCCAUGAUGAAUAUUAUACCAGGCGGGGCGGUGGCAAAGCCUUUCAUCACCUACCACAAUGAACUGGACAUGAACUUGUACAUGAGAAUAGCACCUGAGCUCUACCACAAGAUGUUAGUGGUUGGCGGAAUAGACCGGGUUUAUGAAAUUGGGCGCCAGUUCCGGAACGAAGGCAUCGAUUUAACUCAUAACCCAGAGUUCACAACCUGUGAAUUUUACAUGGCAUACGCAGAUUACCAUGACUUGAUGGAGAUCACAGAACAGAUGCUCUCGGGGAUGGUGAAACACAUCACUGGCAACUACAAGGUAAUGUAUCACCCUGAAGGCCCAGAGAGCCAGGCCUAUGAAAUAGACUUCACACCACCCUUCCAGAAGAUCAGCAUGGUGGACGAGCUGGAGAGAAUAUUGGGAGUGACGCUUCCUGCAGCUGAUCAGUUUGAGACUGAAGAAACUCGCAAGUUCUUUGAUGAUCUCUGUGAGGAGAGGGGGGUUGAGUGCCCACCCCCACGGACUACAGCCAGGCUCCUUGAUAAGCUGGUUGGGGAAUGUUUGGAAGUCACAUGCAUUAACCCCACAUUUAUCUGUGAUCACCCUCAGAUCAUGAGUCCCCUAGCUAAAUGGCAUCGCCAUCAGCAGGGGUUGACGGAGCGUUUUGAGCUUUUCGUGAUGAAGAAGGAAAUCUGCAAUGCCUACACAGAGUUGAAUGACCCUUUUCGGCAGCGGCAGCUUUUUGAAGAUCAGGCCAAGGCAAAAAGUGCUGGUGACGAUGAGGCCAUGUUUAUUGAUGAGAACUUCUGCACAGCUCUGGAAUACGGGCUGCCCCCUACAGCUGGCUGGGGCAUGGGCAUUGACCGCCUGACCAUGUUCCUGACUGACUCAAACAACAUUAAGGAGGUGCUGCUGUUCCCAGCCAUGAAACCCGAAGAAAAGAAGAAGGAUGACCAGGCCAGUUCUUCUGCUGAUGGGACCUCAGUCUGACCCAGCAGACUGCAGCGAGGGUCAGAGGCUGCCCUGGGUUUGAACAGGUCGUUGGACAAAUAAAAUUGUGAAUAAAGGAGCUAUGCUAUUGCCCUUUA